AUGUCGACUCGGCGGCGGUGGGUAUCGAGAGAGGUACGGCGUGCUCAUUUUGAGAUGUGGAAUGGAGUUGUCGCUUUGUUGAAUGGUGCCGUGGGUAUUUUCGGAGUAUGUCUGGGAGCUGCGCGCUCGACCGAACGAGCUUCCGCUCGCAGCGCUCUGGUUGAUCUCAUUACUGUAGCCAUAGCCUGUCUCACGAAGAGUAAGACUGAGGACAAAGAGAGACUUGUGGUACUUAUCACUGCCAUCCGCGUCAUCACGGUUCCUUCAAAUACAUACCAUUCGGAGUCUGUGCCCGCCAUUCCUUAUCACAAGCUCAUCAGCGGGUACAGGAUGUCGGCGUUGGAGAGCGAGGAAGACGACCGUGAUGACACGGCCAAAACGCCAAGACCGCGCUGGAACCUUGAAGAAGUACGCAUCAUCUCACUCACCAUCUCUGGUGAUGCUCUCACCAAUGCGCCAGUGCUGGGGACACUUGCAUCAAGCAGGAAUUGCUGUGGUCUUGGCAACGGCAACCAGCAUGAACAUUUCGAGCUCCCCAACUCAACACCACGCUUGCGGCCUGAACAAGCCCUUCUGAGACGUAUCUUGAAUAGCCAUCUCCCAUCCCACCACCGUCUUGGCAUCCCAAUCCUCAAAGUCCCUUUAUCCCAUUGUCAGCACAAUCCGAUCUUGGCAGCAACUCAAAGUCCCCAUCUCUUCCCCGUCUCCUCCGUCCUCUCCAAAAUCUCAACCUUUGCCGUUCAAUCCCCAGCAGCACGCAAAACCACCGGCACCAUGAGAACCUUCUCCAUCCCCCUUCUCCUUCUCGCACUCUUUGCCCUCGCCAUCCCCCAAAUGGCUUCCGCCGCCGGCGCCCAAAUCUCCCCCGGCUCCUUCUGCAACUUCAAAAACCGUUUCGUCUACGAAGCAAUCAACAAGUUCUGUUCCAAAACCAAUCUGGUGGUCGGUUCGGCUUAUUCCCGCAAUGGAGUCAAGUCGAAUAAUCGUCUUGCGACGGUGAGGAUUAAUGGGGACUGUAAGCCCGCUCAGUGGGUUCCGCAGAGUAAGUCGAGGAGUAUGUGUUAUUGCAAGUCUCAGUUUUAUGAGCUUUGUGGUCGAGGAAACGAGUUCGGGGCUAAUUCUGGGAGGUAUGGGAGGAAUGCUUGUCAGGUGAGUCAAGUCCGCUACGUUUUCUGUGCCUGGAGGCUGUUGCUGACCCGGACCUCGCGUAGUGGUGGAGAAUUGAUUCCCACAACAAUGGCAAGUAGGUCUGCGUGGCAGACGGUACCUGUAAAGAACUAG